AGAUCUACUAUCAUGUGGAAUCCAAACCAAGGAACACCAUAUGGACAGCCCGGAUAUCCAGCCCCUGGCUGUCCUCCCCAACAAGGGCCUUAUCCAGGUCAAUAUCCUCCUUGCGUAAAUCCGGGAUACCCUGGACCUGCUCAGCCUCCUCCACCUGGUGGAUAUCCAGGAGGGUGCGCUCCUCCUUCAUAUCAACCAGGACAUCAUGGGCAUGGAGCCCCUGGGUGCCCUCCUCAGUACCCUACAGGAAAUCCAGGCGGUUGUUACCCAACUGGAGGGCAUCAUCAACACGAUAAGCACAAAAAACAUAAACACCAUGGACAUGGACAUGGACACGGACACGGACACGGUCAUCAUGGCCAUGGGCAUGGAAAACAUGGAAGUGGAUCUAGCAGCAGUGACUCGGACUGA